AACGACGACAUCAGCACCGUGAUUCCUGCAAACAUCAACGAUGGCCAGUCGCGGCCGCUGCUUGCCCCCAUCGCCGACCAUCCCUCCUACGUUGUCCUCGGUGUUGGUUACGCCAACUACACCUGCCUUCCUAACAGCACAUGGCUUGCGAUCGGCGGGCUGCUCGAGCUCUUCGACCUUUCCUGCACCUCUAUCGACCAGCGCGAGUCGUACACGGCGUCUGUGCAGCAGCAGUGGCUCGCCGCGCCAGCGGACUACACCGCGCUGGACCUGAUCGAGGACUCGGAGACGGAGUACAAGCCGUACUCUGUUGGCCAGCACUACUGGGUGCCGGACCCGCUCGACCCGUCGGAUGGCACGUUCAACCCGAAGUGGGACUUUGGCUCGCGGGUGUGGAACGACGCGCUCGAGAAUGCGACGGACCCCGAGACGGCGUACCUGUACGGCUACCGCACCGGCAUCGUCCCUGCGCCGGUCGACCCCGCCGUGAACAUCGAGUGGGUCACGCUCGCGCCGCUCACCCAGAACGGUCAGCCCCUCGGGCUGUUCGCGGACCAGGUCUUCAGGAUCUUCACCAACGGCGGCUCGACGUCUAGUGAUACGUGCGACCCCAACGGUCCCAUGGCCUUGGUCAAGACCACGCUCAACUUCUGGUACUACGGAGGGUACUGGGCUGAUCACACCUCGUAG